AUGUGUCAAGACUCUUUCCACACGUUGUUGGCGUCGCUUCCCAAGUGCGAACACCACAUACAUCUGGAGGGCGCUCUAACACCAGAUCUCCUUUUCAAGCUCGCGAAGAAGAACGCAAUCGAGCUCCCUACGGAUGAUGAUGCCUUCCUCUCGCCAGAGGCGCUGCACAGGAGAUACCAAAACUUCACUUCACUCGACGAUUUCCUCCACUAUUACUAUAUCGGCAUGAGUGUUCUCAUCGAGUCAUCAGACUUUGAAGCUCUUGCGUGGGAUUACUUUGAGCAUGCUGCUAGAGACGGAGUGCUGCAUGCCGAAUGCUUUUUCGAUCCGCAGGCACACAUAUCCCGGGGCGUUACAUUUGACGUUGUUUUGGCUGGCUUCCUAGCCGCACGCAAACGAGCUGAGAUUGAUCUUGGUAUAACUUCAGAGCUAAUCCUCUGUCUUUUGAGACACCUGCCGGCGCAAGAAUGUGCUUCCACUUUCGACCUGGCAGAAAUACAGGCGAGCUUCCAGCGUGGCGAUAUCAUUGGCAUCGGCCUGGAUUCCAGUGAGAAUGGAUUCCCGCCGAACCUUUUCACCACGAUUUAUGGAAAUGCCAAAAUCGCGGGAUUGAGGCUAACAGCUCAUGCUGGCGAAGAGGGACCACCAACUUACAUCGCAUCCGCUCUCGAUGAUCUGGGCGUCGAGAGAAUAGACCAUGGGAUACGACUCGCCGAAGACCCAGCAUUGCUGAAGCGAGUCGCCGCGCAAGGAACAAUGCUCACGGUGUGUCCAAUGAGCAACGUGUUCCUCAAAUGCGUGUCCAAGGUACAUGAGCUGCCUGUACGCCGGUUUCUCGAUGCCGGGGUGCCGUUCUCGAUCAACAGCGAUGAUCCCGCUUAUUUCGGCGGGAACUACAUAUUGGACAAUUUUUGUGCGGUGCAGGAAGCGUUCAAACUCAGCAUUACGGAGUGGAYGGCAAUCUGCCAGAACAGCAUUCAGGGUAGCUGGUGUAGUGAGACGCGGAAGAAGCAGAUGAUGGCGAAGUUGGAAGAUGUCGUUGCCAAAUUUUGUCACGCGGCAUGA